AUGUCGAUUUACGCGUCCCCGUACGACGCGGCAGACGAUGGCGGCAUGCCGGACGAGCUUCCUCGAACCAUCAGCCUCGAGCGGUCCUUCGCCGCCCUUUACGGCUUGCAGAACAGCCAGCAGCAGCAGCAACAGCAACAGCAGCAGCAGAGGAAGUUUCGCGGAUGGAGCAAGAUGGGUUCAUUCUUUGGUUCGUCCAAUUCCAAUGCAUCCUCUGAAGCCUCGCGGCGGGGCUCCGCUGCAGGCUCGUCAGCGGAGGUUCGGAAAGCGAAUGCGGCCCCGUCUCUGCUACGAACAGUAUCGCUACCCAGUCGCGCCGCUGCGCUGAAAGCACAGCAGCAGCAGCAGCAGCAGCAGCAGCAGCAGCAGCAGCAGCAGCAGCAGCAGCAGCAGCAGCAGCAGCAGCAGCAGCAGCAGCAGCAGCAGCAGCGGCGGCGGCGGCGGCGGCGGCGGCGGCGGCGGCGGCGGCAGCAGCAGCAGCAGCAGCAGCAGCAGCAGCAGCAGCAGCAGCAGCAGCAGCAGCAGCAGCAGCAGCAGCAGCAGCAGCAGCAGCAGCAGCAGCAGCAGCAGCAGCAGCAACAACAGCAGCAGCAGCAGCAGACGCAAAGGGCGGUGCGAUCUGCGGAGGAGGAGGAGAGAGAGAGACAGCGACAGAUUGAAAUGUUUGGCACCGUUCUCGCUGACGACGUGCCGCUCCCCCCGCCGGGAUUCGAAUACGACUCCGAUUUCUCCCCCGACCGUCCUAACUUUCCUCCCCCCGCCGUAGCAGCGCCGCCGUCGCCGCCAGAAGCGGCGGAGGGUCAGGAGUACGGAGGGAGACCGGGCGCGGAUUACGAGGGCACCAUUAGCGAAUGGGAGGGCGGCAGUAGCGACUGGGAAGGCGGUCGUUCUGCGGCGAAUGGAGCAGCCGCAGGAGGGGGGGCUGGGGAUCCGGCGGAGUAUCGCCCGCGGGCAGCGCGCGAGUUUAGGCGCACGACGUCGUCGCCCGUGCCUAAGUGCCCGCCUGCUUCCGCGCCUGUGGGCGCGGGGGGCGCAAGAGACCGGCGCCUGGCGGGGGACUGUGUGGGGGCGACCUUCAACGGGCCCUUCAGCGCCGAGGCCGCCGGGGGCGGAGCGAGCAUGGGCGGCGGCGGCAGCCGCAGCGGCGGAACUGCGGGUGGCGGCAGGGCGGACGACGAAGUGCGCGCUGGCGGUGGGGGCGCAGGGAUCGGGGGGGGCGCUGCGCCUGCGGGUCGCGUCACGAGCGGAACCGCAGGGGCCAUGGGGACUCCGUCCCGCGCGUCUGGGCCGUUUGUUGCGCCUCCCGCCGCCAGCAGCAAGCCGCCCGUGAGAGGCGGGUUUGGGCGCAGCACGAGUGUCACGCAGACGCAGGGGAACGCCGCGGAGGCCGGCGCUCCUGCGGGCGUCGCUGGCAGCGGCGGGGGUGGCGCGGGGGGAGGGCGCAGGGGGUUCCGGCGCGCCAUGUCGAUGGAACUGCGGCCGCGCGCGAGAGCCAACAGGGCGCCGCUCGCCCUUAACCCGCUCGACGCCUCCCCGCCCGCAAGCAGCGCCGCCAGCGCAUUCCCCCGCCCCCCCGUCCCAUGGGCAGCAGCGGACAACCCUUGCUCCCCCUCCGCCCCCCUCCCUGCCCCCCAAAAGCAGCCGCCCCCGUCCGUCCCCGCGUCGUCCUCCCCCUUUGGCCGUCCUCCCCCCAGCAGCAACCACAGCGCCCGCGGGUGGGCGGCGUGGACGCAGGCAGAUGAAGCCUCCCCCAGAGCGGCCUUCGCGCCGCCCUUCUUGCGCUCCUCGUCCGUCGGAGGCCCCUCCCCCUCCGCCCUGCGCAACCGAGAGCUGCCCCCGCCCGCCCCCCCCUACAGCGCGCACCCAAACCCACAUGCUGGGAUAGGCGCGUGGGCAGGGGCAGGCGGAGGGGCGGGCGGAGGGGGAAUGGGCGCGGCGGCGGGCGGCGGGUACGGGUGGGCGUCCCCGGGGUCGCAGCGGUCGUUAAGUCCCGAACGCGCGGACAGCCAGCCGGGGCCGCUGGGUCUGGUGCAGGAGAGCAGCGAGGAGGGCGAAGGGUCGCGCAUGAGGGGAGGCACGGGGGAGAGGCGGGGCGGCGGGGGAAGGGGUCUUAGGGAGCGGAGUGGAGAGAGGCACGGGGGAGCGAGGAGGAUGGGCGGGCGGGCGAGGGAAGGCAGGGCGAGAGGGCGAGAUGAGGAGAGUGAGAGCGAGAGUGCGAGUGAGAGUGGGAGCGAAAGUGGGAGCGAGAGUGGGAGUGGGAGUGAGAGGGGCAGUGGAAGUGGUUCAGGAAGCGAGAGUGAAGACGGGGGGGGACGGAGGGGCCAGCACCAGCGAGCAGGUGCGGACGGCAGGGCGCUUGGGGAGGGGCGGGGGGGAGCGGGGGGGAGGGGGAGGUGGGAGGGGCGGGGGAGGGUUCUGCAGGGCGGGAUGGGCAGGGGGGGCGUGGGUAGGGACGGACUGGCACGGGGGGCUGGGGGGUUGAUGGGGGCAGCAGGGGGGCCAGGGUGGGAGGGGGCGGGCGAGGAGGCGGGGGAGGAGAGUCCCCGCGAGGUGACUGUGCGCCCUGCCCGCCUGGGCGCGUGGGGAGCAGGGGGGGGCGCAGGGCGCGUGGGGGGGUCGCCUGGGAGAGAGGGGUGUGGCGGAGGGGGCGAGGAGGAGGGGGGCGUGAUGCUGCUGCGGGCGAGCACUCUGCACGAGAGCAGUGCUAGUAGCAGCAGGCGCGGUGGCAGCAGCAGCGCUUGGCAUGCAGAGAGGCAGGCAGAGGCAGGAGGGCAGUGCAGUGGGGCGGGCGUGGGGGGUGUGGUGCAGAUGGGUGGGAGGGACGCGAGGAGGGGGUUGGUGCGGUCGGCCAGUGGGGUGGAGGCGAGGCACUGCCGCAACCGCAGUGCGGGCGGCGGCAUGAGCAUCGGCGCCACCGGCAGCGUUGGCGUCGCUGCUGCCUCCGCCCUCGGCCCUUUCGACAACUCCCACCCCCCAAACGCACCACCACAUGCAGCAGGGCCGGCACGCGUGGAUGCUCACAACCCUCGAAGGGGUCUGGUUCGGUCGGCCAGUGGAGUGGAGGCGAGGCACCGGCGGGAGAGGAGUGGAGGCGGCAGCAGCAGCGGCAGUGGAGGGGGUGCAGGCAUGGGGUGGCUGGCAGGGGGGAUGGGGGCGGCAGAGCAGGGGGAGCAGACAGAGGAAGGGCGGAGUGAGGCCGGUAGAGCGUUUACGCGGUCGAGCAGCGGCGUGGAGGCGCGGCACAGGAGGCAGCGCAGCAGCGGCGCUGGCAGCACGGGCGGUGCGGGCGGCAUUCUCAGCUCGCUGCUGUCGCGCCCGGGUGCAGCGGAUGGGGGCACGGCGGCCGACAGGGAUGCAGGCGAGGGCAAGGCGAGCGGCAAGGGGGGGGGCUUUGGGUUGGUGCGCAUGGCAACGAUGGAGAAGCGGCGCGGCAAAGGCCGCAGCAACUCCGUGGUCGAUGACAGGCUGGCUGCCAGCCCCUUCCAGGACCUCUCCUGGGAUUAG